ACAAAAGUGGAGCUUCACCAGCCCAGGUCAAACGAGGACAGCUGCUGCUGAAAAUGGCAGACAGGAUGAUCCGUAAAGUGGUCGCUCUGAUGUUGGCGCUUUGUCUCGAUCUCAGCUUGUUUUACGCGUCAGAUCGUUUCAGCUUCUUCGGUCAUGUCGCGCGUCUGUGGCUGUCUGCGGCUCUGCGAUGGUCAGCUGUUUCUUUCACUGUUCAGGUCAUUCUUGGAGACCUUAAGCCGGUUCUGAUUCGGUACAUAACAGGGCACAGUCUUCUCCAGGCGGUGUUCGAGAGCGGCAGCAGGACGCUGCACGGUGAGGACAGCCUCUGUGGACGCGCUGCGGACGCGCGCUGCUGGCUGAUGUUCACCGGAGCGGCGCUGGGCGCUGCGCUCUUCUGGGAGACCACCAUCCCGGACGCAGACGACGCUGCUGAGACCAAAGAGGAGAAACAGAAGUCCAGAGUUCUGUUCAUGAGAGUUCUCCGCCUGUUCAAGCCCGACUACCUGCUGCUGCUGGCAGGAUUGCUGUUCCUGUGCCUGGCUGUUCUCUGUGAGAUGUUCAUCCCGUUCUACACAGGGAGAGUCAUCGACAUCCUGGGAAGUCACUUUGAACAAAAUGAGUUUCUAUCUGCUCUCCUGUUCAUGGGCCUGUACUCUGUGGGAAGUUCUGUGAGUGCCGGCUGCAGAGGAGGUGUGUUAAUGUGUGCCAUCAGUUCAUUCACGUGCAGAAUGAAGGUGAAGCUGUUUGAAGCCUUGACCAAACAGGAAAUAGGAUUUUUUGAGACCAUAAAGACGGGUGAAAUCACAUCCAGGUUGUCUAAAGAUACAACACUGAUGGCAAGAACAGUGUGCCUGAAUGCAAACGUCCUGCUGAGGACCUUCAUCAAGACCGUCGGCAUGAUCUCCCUGAUGAUGAGUCUGUCAUGGAAGCUCACGCUCCUCGUGCUGAUGGAAACCCCAAUCACUGGUCUCAUCCAGAACAUCUAUGACACAAAAUACCAGAGGUUGUUCCAGGAUAUGCAAAACUCCAUGGCUCGUACAAAUGACACCGCAAACGAGGUGGUGUUUGGUAUUCGAGUGGUACGAAGUUUCCACACGGAGACGCAAGAGGCCAGUCGCUAUGACAAACGCCUGAUGGAAACACACAGUCUGAAGAAACGUCGAGACACAGUUAGAGCCAUUUACUUACUCGCACGGAGGUUGACAGGAUUGGCCAUGCAGGUGUUUAUAUUAUACUAUGGAAGACUUUUCAUCCAGAAAGGACAGAUGACCACAGGAAACCUGGUUUCCUUCAUCCUCUACCAGUCUGAUCUAGGGGUCAACAUCAGGACCCUGACCUACAUCUUUGGUGACAUGCUCAACUCAGUAGUGGCAGCUGGAAAAGUCUUUGAGUAUCUGGACAGAACGCCUCAGAUCAGCACAGACGGAAAACUCAAACCAGAUGAAAUGAAAGGUCACGUCACCUAUCGCCAUCUCAGUUUUGCUUAUCCUUCAAAUCCCAGCAGAACCGUGCUGCAGGAGUUGUCUUUGGAGCUGAAACCGGGUCAGAUGACAGCUUUAGUGGGUCCAUCAGGAGAGGGAAAGAGCACCUGUGUGAGUCUGCUGCAGCGAUUCUAUGAGCCUCAGAACGGAGAAAUUCUUCUGGACGGGAAUCCACUGAGAUCCUAUGAUCACCACUAUUUCCAUAAGAAGGUCACUGCAGUGAGCCAGGAGCCUGUGCUCCUCUCUGGUUCCAUCAGAGACAACAUCACUUAUGGACUUUCUAACUGCUCCAUGGAGGAGAUCAAGGAAGCAGCCUGCAAAGCCAACGCCCAUGACUUCAUCAUGAAACUGGACCAAGGAUAUGACACCGAGGUCGGUGAGGGCGGCGGUCAGCUGGCCAAGAGUGAGAGACAGCGAAUCGGCAUCGCCAGGGCUCUGAUCAGGAAACCCCAGGUCCUCAUUCUGGAUGAAAUAACCAGCUCUCUGGACAUCGAGAAUGAAAAUAAGGUCCUGCAGGCCCUGGCCAACCGCCCAAACCAGACUCUUGUGGUGAUCGCUCACAGUCUGAAGACCAUCGAGAGGGCGGAUCAGAUCGUGGUGAUAAUUGGAGGGAAAGUUAAAGAAAAGGGAACUCACCAAGAACUGAUGGAUCUAAAGGGAGUCUACUACAAACUGAAAGAGGAGCUCUUCACUGAAAGGACCAACUAACUGCACACUGGAACGACUGAAGCUCAACGUGUGUCACGCUGUAACAUACUUC